AUGAAUACGAUAAUUGAAGGGACAUUAGAAAUUGCUCAAUUUUAUAAUGAUAACAGCAAUAACUAUAAUAAUAAUUCUUUAUCAUCAUGUACACUUAAACCUAUUUCUUGGGGAAUCGCUUUAUUAGUUAUUCCUUUUGAUAAAGCUUUAAAUCUUGGCUUAAUUGUUUUUACUUCAAUAAAUGGUGGAGGAGAUCCUGGAGUGAAAGAACCAAUCAAUAAUUUUUUAAUAAUGCAAGAAGCUAGAGUUGGAUUAACUUUACUUCGAAAUGUUGGUCCAUGGGUUCAAUUACUCAAAAGUAAAGAAUGGAUUGCAUUUUCUAUUAUCAUUAGUGUAAUAUAUUGUGGAAUAUUUUUAUUUUCAUGUCGUUAUUUUUUUUCCGGAUCUUGCAAUUAUGAAUGGAAUCCUGAAUAUUUAUGCAAUAUUUUGUUAAAUCCAAAUUUAUUGAUUUUACCUGGAAUUGCUUUUUGUUCAAUUAGUAAGAAAGCUGAUAAAAAGAAUGCAUUUCAGAUAACAGAAGAUUUAUCCAAAGUAAUAACAAUGAUUUCAAUAUUAUUCUUAAUCCGAUUUCAAGAAGAUGAACGUAGAAAUUCAGCUGCUUAUACUAAAAGAAUAGCAAUUAUUAAACCUGAACCUAUUUUUAGAAUAAAUCCUAAUAGAAUGCCUAUUGAAUUACAAUAUAAUAAUUUUAAUAAUAAUUUUAAUAAUAGUAUAAGAAGAAUAAGAGGAAGUGGUAAAAUAGGAAAAGGAUUAAAUGAUAAUGUACAAUUAAGACAUUCAGGGUAUUCAAGUGGUGAUUAUUAUGACAAUGAAAAGGAUGGAAAGAAUGAAAAUAAUGAUAAGUAUGAAAAUAAUGAUAAGAAUAAAAAUAAUGAAAAGAAUGAAAAGAGUGAAAAUAAUGAACAAGAUGGAUUUUCCUCUAUUAAUAUUGAUAGUGGUGGUAAAAGUGAAAAUAAUAUAUAG